AUGGAAAGUAAGGAAAUUCUCAAGGAGGAAGAGAUCCUUACUAGACCUGAAGAAAGAAGAGCUCUUGACCAAACCAUGUUCACUGUAAUGGAGACCUUCGAAAUCAAUGAUCAAAAACCCAAGAAGAGAAAUGGGGUGAACUGCUUCAUGGCCACAGUGUCCAUCUAUCUGACACUACUCACCGCGGGCGCCGGGCUGCUGGUGGUGCAAGUUCUGAAUCUACAGGAGCGCCUCUUGACCCUGGAGACGUACUUUACCAAUGACACGAUGGCCACCCAGCGCAGCCCGUCCUUCUCCUUGCUUCGGUCGGCGCAUGUCCCAUAUCUGUCUGGCGGUGUACCCAGGCUGCAAGACCUGCAGGCCCAGCUCACCCAGUUUCGCUUCAGGCAGGAGCACCUGCUGCAACAGGUGGACAACUUUACUCGGAGCCCAGAGCUGUUCCAGGUCAAAGGUGAACGAGGAGCUCCAGGCCCUCCAGGACCACAAGGCCCGCCAGGAGUCAAGGGAGAGGCAGGUCUCCAAGGAUCCAAAGGCGCUCCAGGGAAGCAAGGAGCCACUGGCACACCAGGACCCCAAGGAGAGAAGGGCAGCAAAGGCGAUGGGGGUCUCACUGGACCAAAAGGGGACACUGGUGCCAAGGGAGACAAAGGAGAUCUGGGCCUUCCAGGAAGCAAAGGGGACAUGGGUGUGAAAGGAGACACGGGUGUCAUGGGACCCCCUGGAGCCCAAGGAAGAAAAGGUGAUUCAGGACAGCCAGGACCCCCAGGUGUGGCUGGAAUUCCUGGAAUCAAAGGAGAUCAAGGUCAACCUGGACCCAGGGGUCUUCUCGGCCCUCCUGGUGCAGCAGGAUUCCCAGGUGCCAGGGGUGAGCCCGGCCGCGUUGGUUUCGUUGGACAGACAGGACCUCCAGGGACACCCGGGAGUCCAGGACCAGCAGGCAUGAAAGGAAGCAAAGGGGACGCAGGACUCCAAGGACAGAAAGGAACAAAAGGAGAAGCAGGAGUUCCAGGCUCUGCAGGCAUGAAGGGAGAAAAGGGAACUCCAGGGCUGCCAGGCUUCACUGGUGCACCUGGACCAGUCGGUGCAAAGGGAGAACCAGGAGUGACAGGGUCCCCGGGCCAAAAAGGAGCACAGGGAGCAAAGGGUGAAAGAGGUGAAAACCAAGCACUCGCCAGGAUCAUCGGAUCUAGGUCCCGGGGCCGGGCUGAAGUCUUCUAUAAUGGGGCCUGGGGGACAAUUUGCGAUGAUGACUGGGACAAUAACGAUGCCACUGUCUUCUGCCGUAUGCUGGGUUUCUCCUCGGGAACAGCGCUUUACAAUGUGCAAAGUGGCACUGGACAGAUCUGGCUGGAUAAUGUUGCCUGUCAAGGGUCAGAGGUGAGCCUGUGGUAUUGCAACAAGAAAUCCUGGGGUUCUCACAACUGCGGACACCAUGAGGAUGCCGGUGUAGACUGCAGUUGAUUCUCAGCCUUCCACUCAGCCCAUUCAGUGGAGGCUAACCCUCAAGAAUGGGAUGCAGUUGCUAAUAAAGCUCAGAGUAGUA